GUGAGACGAGGUUGCGAGGGAAAAUGCGCAACACAGACUUUUGCCCAUUCCGAAUAGCCGAAUUAAAGACCUUUCGAGAGAGGUACGUGCCGAUGACAGCGCUGUCUCCCAUGAAAUACCCAGAGUCUACUUGAACAAUUUGCGUGCCAGUGCGGAGGUUCUUGAGGUCUCUGCGGCAAUGAUGCAUCAUUCUCUCAGUCUUCGCAUUGUAGACGACCCGCCCCCCGACCGUUGAUGACGCCAAGCUUGUGCGCCACGAGAGCAAAUGAUUGGCUGGUCUGGGUAGCACACCAACGAGAAAGAAGCAAAGCUUCCGGCGACAGGUGCCCCUCGGCCCCCCAAAGCUAGGAACUCUGGGUACCUCUCACCUCUCUCGGCGCCCUUGUGCUUUCUCCGUCUCCAUGAGCUAUUGAUCACCAUCUGUGUGUUUUUCUCCUUCAUUUUAUUUUUUGACUUUCUCAACUCUCGUCCCUAAAAACUCCUACGACAUAGCUCUAUCGCAGCCCUCCUCACAUCUCCAACAAAGUGCCAUUGCAAGACCCAUCUGCAAGGCACCGUCACUCGAACCAUCGCUACCCACAGCAGAACCCACUCGUCUUCCGAUCUUGGCUCGUUUGGUGGAGCUUGCCGCUCGCCUUGUGCACUUGCGUACGCACAGCAGCUGCAGGUAAACAGAGGUGGAGUGCAGCACCUUUACCACCCUGACUCUGCCCCGUUUCUCGCCCGUCUCCCGCGUCCGCCGCAUAAAAUGUGCGCUUGACCUCGCUGCUUUCCCACCUACUACUCCACGACACUCUCACGACAUCCGAUUCCUCAAUUGACGAGCCGAGUAUUAUGGCCACAAGGGGAGUCGUCCCGACACGACGGGGCAACAAUGCCGGCGGCUUCGGCGUCUUCCGUACUGCCGUUCUCGGCCUUACCAAAGCCUUGACGCUGGGCGUUUCUUCCGUCGCCGCCGCGCCCAUUCACGCGCGAGGCCAUCACGAUGAAGAGCCAGAGGCUGGUGAUGCUUUCUGGCCCCUCAUGGGUGCCUCCAUUGCUCUCGUUUUGCUGGGAGGUGCCUUUGCAGGUCUGACCAUUGCCCUGAUGGGACAGGACAGCAUCUACCUCCAGGUUGUCGCCGGCGACCCCGAUGAAUCGCAAUCCAAGAACGCCAAGCGUGUCUACGACCUUUUGAAGAAGGGCAAGCAUUGGGUUCUGGUUACCUUACUUCUCUCCAACGUCAUUGUCAACGAAUCGCUACCCGUUGUUUUGGAUCGCUGUCUUGGCGGCGGCGUUGAGGCCGUCGUCGGCAGUACUGUUCUCAUUGUCAUCUUUGGCGAAGUCGUACCUCAAUCCAUCUGCGUUCGAUACGGUCUCCAAAUCGGUGGCUACAUGUCCAAGCCUGUGCUUUUGCUCAUGUGGCUUAUGGCGCCUGUGGCUUGGCCUACUGCGAAGCUCCUCGACUGGGCGUUGGGCGAGGACCAUGGCACCGUUUACAAGAAGAGUGGCCUCAAGACGUUGGUCACCCUGCACAAGUCCCUUGGCGAGGUGGGCGAACGCUUGAACCAGGACGAGGUUACCAUCAUCAGUGCUGUCUUGGACCUCAAGGACAAGCCCGUCGAGAACGUCAUGACCCCAAUGGACGAUGUCUUUGUCAUGGCCGAAGAUACUGUAUUGGACGAGAAGACCAUGGACCAGAUUCUUUCGGAGGGCUACUCCCGUAUUCCCAUCCAUGCCACCGGAAAGCCAACCGAUUUCGUUGGAAUGCUUCUUGUCAAGAUUCUCAUCACGUACGACCCUGAAGACUGUCUGCAGGUCAAGGAUUUCCCACUGGCGACGCUUCCCGAGACCCGCCCUGAGACGAGCUGUUUGGACAUUGUCAACUUCUUCCAGGAGGGCAAGUCGCAUAUGGUCCUGGUGUCCGAGUACCCCGGUGCCGACUACGGCGCUAUUGGUGUCGUCACCCUCGAGGAUGUCAUUGAGGAACUUAUUGGAGAGGAAAUCAUUGAUGAAUCCGACGUCUACAUUGAUGUUCACAAGGCCAUCCGCCGCAUGACCCCUGCCCCGAAGGCCCGAAUCACCAAGAGGACAGGCCAGCCGUCCCCUCGACCGAUCCCUGAGAACGGUGAUCUCAUCGAAUUCGGAGACGAGGCGCAACCUCCCCGUGAACGAAAUGGUUCCAUCAGUGCGCUCAGCGAUGCCCCAGAGAACCUCUCCAGCAGCGCACCUAGAACCACAUUCCUUAUGAGGAGAAGCUCGGCCGGACCUGAUGGGCGCAUGACGUCGUCCGCUGUUCCCGUGAAGGCCACCUUUGACGAGGCUAAGCAACACCUCAAGCAUCUCGGUCCCUCCAACCGCGCGUCGAACCCGAAGAACACCAAGUCUACAACCGUCAAAAUCAAGCCCGUUCAGACCGGAGCGCCCUUGUCGCAGAUCCAUAGCCCGUCCCCAAAUCUUCGCCCUGCCUCUAUAGCUGGAGAGAUCAGCGAGGAGAGACUGGAGCAUGACACGGACGAGCAUACCCCCCUUAUGCGCCCUAAGCUGACCGGAAAGGGUGGCGUCCAUGCUAUUCGCAAGAGUUAUGGCGGAGCGGGCAUGAGUGAGACUCAGGUUAGGCUCUCGAGUGCCGCUCACGAUCACGACGCGGAGGGCGCCAAGGCCCCUGAAGGAGUCGACUUGCCCCCAACUGUCCCUGAGCAUGGCAGCCCAAAGGCCACACGGAGCGCAAGCCCCGAAGCAGCCCGGACGGACUUGACCAUCAUCGUCUCGCCCGGUCGGGCAAGCAGUGCGACGAGCGUCACUGAUGUCAUUGAUGACGGGUCUGCCACCCCCAAGCGCCGACCCCUUGUUCGAAGUGGUAGCAUCAGCGAGAACGUGGUCGAGACUAGCAGUGGAGUGCGGAAGAUUAUCAUCCAGGCCGCCAGCUCCGAUUCCGAUGAAGCCGGGUCUAGAGGUUCCAAGGGCUCUUCCGGACACCGCUCGCGGGCUACCAGCCAGAGUAACAAGCAGUCUUCUAGCCACGAUUCAGAAGGGGAGGAGCAGGAGAAUGGCGAUGGUGCGUCCAGCACGGCGCAGAGCACCAGCAACAACAGCCAGGCAGCAAGUAAGAAGAAGAAUAGGAGGAAGAAGAGGAAAAACAAGUCGUAGAUUGGGCGUAGUAAGAUUGUGUAGGUGUUGGUGCUGUCCCCUGUAUGAUAUCGCAUAGUAAUCUGAGCGGUUGCGGCGCUCAUCCACCGUUGUUGCUCUUCAAGUCAAUUUUUGAACCACU